AGAAUAUGUAUGCUUCGCAGUAGUGCCCGCGUGCAUGCAGCGGCUGCCUUGUUGUGGUCAAGGCUUUACUUAUCCAACACACAUCCCUGCGGCCAAUCUGGCAUCAUUUGAUUGGGGCAGCAGGACUGGGAACUCCCUCCAACUUGGCUCCCAAACAAGCAAACAUCUGCACCAUCUUAAUUCUUCACGAUCUUGUCUCUAAUAUGACUCGUCAUCCGCGGAAGCCUGCAUCUUCCAGAGCCAAGUGUUAUGACAGACUGGCAGAAGAAAGAAAGAUAAUGAAAACAAAACUAAAAUAAAAGCGAAACCUUGGGUGAAGAAUCAUCGAGUAAAAUGAAUGGACCGAACCCUCACUCACCAUACGCACGAGUUACUUGCCGAUAUACCACCC